GUAUCAGAUAUCCAGGCCAUGAUGAUUUACGGGUCGCACUCUCACCAACCACCUUUGACCAUAUAUUUAUUAGGAAUAGGGAGGUCGGAGGCGGAUGCGUGGGUUAGUGAGGGACUCGGAUCAGCAGCAGUCGAUCAGGAGGCCGGCCGGCCAUGGAGGAGGGAGGCGAGCACACGAGUCUUCUGGUCAAGGAUGAUGCAUCAUGUCAUGGCGAGGAAACACAAAGUAUAUUGGAAGCAAAUCUAGGGCCACAGCUGAAAAGUAAAUGCUCUGACUGGAGAGCACCGGCACUCAUCCUGGGAUUGGAAUGCUUGGAGAGCAUGGCUUUUAAUGGCAUUGCCACAAACCUAGUCGUGUAUCUCCGUUCGGUCCUCCAUGGUGGUAUUGCUUCCAGUGCAUCAACAGUAUCUCUUUGGUACGGGACAAGCUUCUUUGUGCCAAUGCUUGGAGCCGCCAUAGCAGAUACUUGCUUGGGAAAUUAUAAGACCAUCCUGAUCUCCCUUAUCAUGUACCUAAUUGGAAUGGUACUGAUUACAGUUGCAACAUUUCUGCCUUCUACUUCAAUCUUAUGCGACGCCAGCUCAUGCUUGUCAUCAAAUGGAACUCAAACCGUGAUUUUCUUUGCUGGUUUGUAUCUCACUGCUGUUGGAUGUGGAGGCGUAAGAUCUGCAUUGCUUCCAUUUGGUGCGAGCCAGUUCAACAACGAGAACAAUUUAGUAGACAUAAAAAGGAGAAGAAAUUUCUUCAGUUCAUUCUAUAUAUGUGUCAUCUUUGGUGUGAUUACUUCUGGGACAAUUAUAGUUUGGGUUCAGGAAAAUGUGAGCUGGGCUAUAGGAUAUGGAGUUGCCACUACAUGCAUAGGUCUUGCUUUGAUAGGAUUUCUGGUGGGGACACCAAUAUUCCAACAAGAUGAGCCUUGUGGUUCUCCAGUGAAGAGUAUUUUCCAGGUUAUUGUUGCCUCUUUUAGGAACAUGAGCUUGGAAGUACCUGCUGAUAGCUCUCUUCUGUAUGAGGUCAGGAGCAACCACGUACAAAGGACAAUACUUGCUCACUCCGAUGAUUUUAGGUUCUUAGAUAAGGCAGCAGUUAUUUCUGAUCCAAGCUUGGUGUAUGGAGGGUGUCGAAGCUCAUGGAGUUUAUGUACGGUUACUGAAGUUGAGGAACUGAAAAUACUUAUCCGCUUACUCCCAAUAUGGGUGACUGGAAUAUUCUUUGCUGCUGCGAUCUCUCAAAUGCACACCACUUUCAUUCAGCAGGGAGCUGUGAUGAACACCAAGAUUGGUUCCCUGUCCAUUCCACCAGCAUCCUUGUACUCAUUUGAAGUGAUAUGUGUCACGCUCUGGGUACUUUCUGUGAACAAAGUGCUUGUGCCGGCAACCAGAACGUAUUUUGCAAAUGGAGCAGAGCUCACACAGUUACAGAGGAUUGGAAUUGGUCGUUUCUUGAUGAUCUUUGCCAUGGCAAUGGCCGCACUUCUAGAAACCAAGAGGCUGCAGAGUGUUCAGGAGGGGGAACUGCUAAACAUUGUAUGGCAGCUUCCACAGUACUUCGUCAUUGCUGGGGCUGAGUGCUUCGCUGUCAUCACUCAGCUAGAGUUUUUCCAUGGCCAAGCGCCAGACUCCAUGAAGAGCAUAUUAACGGCAUUCGCGUUGCUCACCACUGCCCUUGGGAAUUACUUGAGCUCAGCUAUCAUCACCCUCAUUGCAGGGGUGACCAGGGUAUGGCAUAGUCCUGGAUGGAUACCGGAUGAUCUGAACAAGGGACACCUUGAUUACUACUACUGGUGUCUUACAGCCCUCUCGUUGGUGAAUUUUGUUGUGUAUCUGUAUUUUGCUAGUAAAUACAAAUUGAAGAAAGUUGUUAUCUGCUAAUACUACUUGUGAAAUAUCACCGAGUGUAACAUAUGAAAUGUUUAUUUUUAUUCUUAACAUGUAUAGCAGUAUAGGCCAUGGAAGGACCUUAUUUCCCCAACAUAUCGUCCCUUGUUUUUCUCGUAGCGAUGUGUGAAUGCUAGGAGAAAGAUACAUAUUGUCUGUAGUAACUAUUAAUUCUCUGUUCUUAUGCUGGAGGGAUCCGUUGAUUGCUUCAUUUA